CUCACAAUUUUUUGCAAUAUUUUAGUUUUCCUCCCUGAAAUGAAUAAACUAUGUAAUAUUGCAAUGACGGUGCCAUCUUCUUGUGCAAGUUGUGAAAGAACUUUCAGCACUUUAAAGAGAAUUAAAAAUUAUUUAAGAGCAACUUUGAGUCAGGAUAGGCUUACUGACUUGGGCAUUUUGUUGGAAAAAAAAUUGCAAAAAAUAGAUUUAGAGUUAAUUAUAGAUUCGUUUGCUGCUAAACAUAAUAAUAGCAGAAUGCCUCUUCUAAUGUUUUGCUUGAAUAAUUAUUUCAGUAUUGAAUUAUUUCACUACCUUAUUAAAGAUUUACUCAAUGUCUAUAAUGGCAUUCGUUAAUUCAAAUAUUUUAAAUCUACUUUCGUUUCUAAAGGAAAUUAUUUAAUUCAAAAAAUAGAUUUGUUUAUAAUAGGUUUAAUUACAAUGCUAGUGUUGUAGCGAAUAUCAUUCAGAGCAUAUGUUUCAAACAUAAUAACGUUUAAAAAAAUUUCACAGUUGUGAAAUAUAUUUUUGUAACAUUUUUUCCGUUAUUCUACGGAAGUAGAUAAAGUCUCGUGUAAUAUUUGUAUUGUAAAUUAAUAUUGGGACACUCAAGGUAUUGUCAAACUGUGUUAGCUCCUUGUUUGACAAAAACAUGUCGUGCUUACUAAAAGUACAAGUGCUUACUAAAAAUGAAUCUUUGCAAGGCUUGUAUGUUAAAUAAAAAUAACUAAAAAAUAUUUUACGUUAUAUUCGGCCAAAGAGCCAAAUAAAAUAUUUUGUAACACAGAUAUAUUGUAUCCAACUCUUACAAUAAAAUCUUGAAAAAUGUUUCGCCGGCUUUCGCCCAAGCGGAAGAUGAAGCUGGCGCCGCCACUGCGAAGCACCCAACGAGAUCAGAAUUAGAGUUAAAAAUGCUUUAAAAAUAUUCAAAUUCCCUAGUAUGGUUUACUCAAGAACUAAUUAAGUUGAGGCUUUAUUCAUUUGCUAAAUCAGUAUUUUUCAAAAGGUUGCCAAUUUUUUUCAAUCAAAAAAUUUGUAAUAUAAUAAGUACAGUGAUACGUAAUUCUUGUUAAAAUUUCGAUUAAAAUUUUACUUAGGUAGGUACCUAUAAUUUCAUACAUUUUUUUCCAAAACCCUUUAUUAUUAAGAUAUUUAAUUACCGAAUUUUGAAGCUUUGAACAGCCUAAAUCAUGUAUCAAACAGUCGACACAGAUUCUAUGUUCUAUUGUUAUCAGUUAUCAAAUUCCUUUAAAAAUAUGCGUAUUUAUUACUCAUUGGAAAAAGUUUGCGUUUUGAUAUUCAACAAAAUUCUUUCUAGGUAUUUUGAAAUUUUUCAAAUUACUGGUCUAGUCAAUAAGAAAGUAAAACAGUUUUAAAGUAAACAUUUCUAGAAAAAUUCGACAGAAAACUAUCUGAAAUCAAAAACCAAAUAAUGUAUAAAAUAAACAAUUGUUUCAAUUUUGUAUAUUUGUGAAUAAAUUACGCUCUGCUUCAUAUAACAAGAAAAACUAUUUGUUUCUUUUCUUAAAAAAUAAGUGGAACCUAUCCUGAUUUGCGGUCAAGAGCAAACAUUAUCAUAGAUAGAGAGCAACUAACUAUUCAUGUUGUUUAACAGAGUGAAAAAUCUGAGCAUAUCAUUUAUUUUAUUCCAUUUGAAGUAGGAAGGUUUGUUGGUAGAAACGCAUUAUUUAUUUGGUUGGUUUCCUGUGCGUGUAAUAAAUAGUAAAUUAUACGUCUAAAAGACGAAACUAAUUGAUAAACAAAAUUAAAUAGUAGAAUUAUGAUAUAAAUUAAAAUAAUGCUGCCAAUAAUAUACAAUAAUUUUAAGUUUUUUGUUUAUUACCACAGCUCUUCCACUGCUGAAAAUUGUUUAAGACGAACUCGAAAAUACAUUUUUAUCUCUUUUGAAAAUCACAACGCCGUAAAACAUAUCCAGCAUAUCAAGUAGUUAUUAUGUACGAAAAUUAAACUGAAAAUUAAACUGGAAAUUAAAAUUUUAAUCAGAACAUAACGUGUAAUCGCCUUUUUAUUGUCACAAGAACAAUGAAAAUUUAAAAAUAUUUUAUUUUAAAAUAUUAGCCAAUGCCAAAUGCAACUACAUAUAACUUAUUAUGCUAGAGAUUAAUUCAAAGGCACCUAAAUUGUAAAUUUAAUGAUAAGGACAUCACCGUUUAAAAAUGAAAAUUAGUAAAAUUGUAUAAAAAUAAAAUCAUCUACAGUAUGUGCAAUAAGCACAUUAUCAAAUUGAUACUACGACAAUUUUGGCUCAAAAGAAGACGAUCUGAAUUCAGUGUCGCUAAUAGAAAAUAUCUGGAUCCCUUUCUAUUGAUGGUCAAAAUUAUCCAGUUAAAUUAUGGAUAUCUUGGUUUAUGCUAAAAUAUUUAUUAUAUUUCGCAUAUUAAGCACUGUUAUUAAUAUGAAUUAAGUGUCAAUAAAAAAUAUGACACAUUUAUAGUUAUUGUCUGAAGUAGUUAAAUAACAAGGGAACAGAAAAACAUUUUAUGUGUAAAAAUUAAAAAAAUAUCAUCCUUACGUAGGACCAAGUUUACAGCACAUUUCUUUAAAAUUAAUCUUAGCAUUCUCGAGAUUACAUAAAACAUAUUUUUUUAAAUAAAUUUGAUUAUCAUUAGCAGAAGGGUCAGAUAGUUUUUAUUAACAUGGCAAGUAAAUGUUUUCUAUCAAAAAUAUGUACUUGCUGGAACUUAGGAGAUCGCUUUCUGCGCGUAUUAUUUACAGAAACAAAAAAUAAAUGUCGAUAUAAAUACAUACAUGAAUGUUAAAUACAGACAACCUUUCUUUUGAUCUUUUGCGUUUGCGUUACAUGUGGGCUGUUUUUCAAAUACAUUUAUGAUUUCCUUUAUUCCAUUUAUGCAUUCCUCGUUUUCCUACCUGUACAAGUUAAAAAUAUGUGGCAAGUAAUUCUAAAGAUUUUGUCACUUAUUUUCAAGUUUUAAAUUUUGUUUAGUGUUAGUUUCUUUAAACAAGUAAUAAUCUCUUAAACAAGAAUAAUAUAGUAUCAAAAUAAGUUUCUCUUACUGGCACAGUACCUAUUAAUUUAACCAGAUAGUAUUCGCUGAAUAAUAAUAGUCAAAAUAUCGACUCCUCUUUUUAUCUUUAGGUACUUACAUAAUUUGUCAAUUUUUAAUAGGCCAUUAAAUUUGUAAUAAAAUUGUACUAUAUAAAACUGACUGUAUUAUAUGAGUUAUGGUUAUCAUAUUAAAGUGUCAAGAAAGGUGUGAACUAUAUACUUUUAUGAUUAAUUAUGUCCUAUCUUGUUCAUUACUUACGUGGUUAUUUGGGGCUGGCUUAUAAUGUUAUCAAAAUUAUGUGGAAAUUUAUCAUCAUUUAUCUUUGAUAUUUUUACGUUGGUGAAAGCGAUUAUUAUUAAUAUUUUCACUAUCAUCUUAUAGAUUGGUGACUACAAAAGAUUUUUUACCCAGAGGAUCAGGAAUAGUAACCAGAAGGCCCCUCAUUUUACAGUUAGUUUACUCACAAUAUGAAUAUGCAGAAUUUCUCCAUAAGCCAGGUAAAAAAUAUAUGGACUUUAAUGAAGUUAGAAGAGAAAUUGAAGCGGACACCGACCGCGUUACGGGCAAAAACAAAGGAAUUUCAAAUCUUCCUAUUAAUUUGAGAGUAUCUUCUCCCAAUGUAUUAAAUUUGACGCUCAUUGACCUUCCGGGUAUGACAAAGAUUGCUAUAGGAGACCAACCACCUGAUAUUGAGGUGCAGAUCCGAAACAUGAUUUUAGAGUACAUAAAGAGAGAUUCUUGUCUUAUUUUGGCUGUGACUCCUGCUAACACGGACUUGGCUAAUUCGGAUGCUCUUCAGAUUGCCAAAGAAGUUGAUCCAAAAGGUUUUCGUACAAUUGGAGUUUUAACAAAGUUAGAUCUCAUGGAUCAAGGUACUGAUGCCAAAGACGUUUUGGAAAACAAAUUAGUUCCUUUACGAAGAGGGUAUGUGGGUGUGAUUAACAGAUCUCAAAAAGACCUGGAUGGUGGGAAAGAUAUUAAGUUACAAAUCAAGGCCGAACGCGAUUAUUUUCUACAACAUCCAUCCUAUAAACACAUGGCUGAUAAAAUGGGAACCACAUAUCUGCAGAAGACUUUAAACGCUCAAUUAACCAAUCAUAUUCACAAUACUCUGCCGAGCCUUAGAGAUAAAUUGCAAAAACAACUGUAUGCACUGGAGAAGAAUUUAGGCGAUAUGAAACAUUUUAAGCUGGAUGAUAAAACAAUGAAAACUAAAGCUCUGCUACAGAUGAUCCAGAACUUUUCGUUAGAAUUUGAAAAAGCCCUUGAAGGUUCAAGGUCCAGCGAGAUCAAUACCAGCGAACUAUGUGGCGGAGCCAAAAUUAAUUCGCUAUUCCAUGAACGGUUUCCUUUUGAUAUUGUAAAAAUGGAAUUUGAUGAAAAUGAACUGAGAAAAGAGAUUGGAAUAGCCAUUUGCAAUAUUCACGGCAUUAGGAUUGGCCUUUUUACCCCAGACCUGGCCUUUGACGCUAUAGUGAAAAAGCAAAUCGCCAGACUUAAGGAUCCUUGCCUGAAAUGUACAGAUCUUGUCGUCGCCGAACUUUUAAAAAUUAUACAUUUCUGCACUGAAAGGAUGGCUCGAUACCCGGUGCUGCGCGAUACAAUUGAACGGAUCAUUUCCUCGCAGCUCAGCAAAUCGGAAGUGCAAUGCAAAGAGCAAAUUUCGCUGUACAUUGACUUUCAAUUAAGCUACAUGAAUACCAAUCAUGAAGAUUUUAUUGGUUUUGCCAAUGCUGAAAACCAAGCGGAAAAAAAUAUAAGCGGCACCAGCAAUGCACCAGGAAACCAAGUGAUUCGAAAGGGUUACAUGUGCAUUCACAACCAAAGUAUGAUUCGAGGAGCUAAAGACUAUUGGUUUGUCUUAACAUCAGAUAGUCUUGCGUGGUUUAAAGACGACACCGAAAAAGAGAUCCAGUAUAUUUUGCCUUUGAAUGGCAUUAAAGUGAAAGACUUGGAAUCGAAAUUUAUCUCACGAAGACACACGUUUGGGCUGUUUUAUCAAAAUGGAAGAAAUAUUUACAAGGAUAAUAAACAAUUGGAGCUAAGCUGUAGCUCACUGGAUGAAGAAGUUACAUGGAAAGCAUCUUUCCUGAGGGCAGGCGUGUAUCCAGAACGGCAGAAGGAAGCAAAUAAUAAUGAAGAUAUUGAAGUUAAAGAGGAAGUUGACCCCCAACUUAAGCGACAGGUGGAAGUCAUCAGGAACUUAGUGGACAGUUACAUGGGGAUUAUAAAUAAAUCCACUAAAGAUUUAAUUCCCAAAGUUAUAACGCACAUGAUUUUGAAUACCACCAAAAAAUUCAUAAGCGAGGAGUUGCUGCUGCAUGUCUACUCAACAGAAAAUCAGGAGGGUCUAAUGGAAGAAUCUCCUGAAGAAGUUAGGAAACGUGAAGAAAACAUGCAAAUGUACCAAGCUUGCAAAGAAGCCCUAAGCAUAAUUGGGGAGUGUUCGGUUUCAUUUUCCAGCCAAAUGACCAGAAACGAAACGUAUCAUCCUCCCAAACCUCCCAUUGCUGCUAAAAAAAUUUAUAGAUUAUCAACACCAAUUCAAACAGUCACUCGACCAGCACCACCUCCACCCCCAGGAAUUAAAAAAUUUGAUAGUAUGGCUAACUUGGUACCAGAAUUUUACGUUUUCUCGGUACCAUAACGAAUUUUAAACAUUUUUCAGUGAGUACAUUGCUUUUGGUAUUGUUUCUUUAUGUCGUCAAUAGAUUUAUUCUCCAUUCAAAAAACAUCUGUGUUUAAGAAAUGCGUCCAACACUUUUUAAAUUUGUUUUUCUCGUUACUUAUUGCUUUAGUUGCAUGUUUUCGUGUCCACAGAAUGCCUAAUUGUUGUUUUAUAAUCACUUGUUAUUUUUUCAUUUUUUUUCUUUCUACUUUGAAUGAUUAUAUAGAUAUAGAUAAUUAUUUGUGUUUUCAAUUUAUUAAUUUGAAUUAUACUUACUUGUCGAUUUGUUCAAACACUCAAGGCUUUCAACAAAAAUGUUGUUAAACAAUUUUAAUUUUUGUUAGUAAGCGAACGAAUGUAUUAAAAACUUAUUGCAGAUAAACGCAUACCAACUUUUCCUGAUCAAUUUCAUCUAGAACUCAUCCACUUGUUUACUUGUUUUUCUUCACUCUGGAUGGGUACAUUAUUUGUUGUAAACAAUGUCAUUGCGUAUUAUCUAAUUAAAUAUAGUUAUUAUAAAUAUUUAAAA